CCGCAAUAAAAGAAAAUAAUGCUUUGGGCGAUGGCAGUGCUCCGUCCCCCCAAAUAGAAAGACCGUCAAGCAGCAGCCUCAUGCCCCCACCUCCUAGCCCUACCACCGCCAUCACGACUUCCUUCCCUCCUCCUCCCCCAAAUCUCAUAUUCUACUCCGCUGCCGCCGCCGCUGCCGCCGCUGCUCUCUCCUUCCUGUUCCUCCUCGAACCCCCUCAUCUCCUCCACCCACUUCUUCGCUUCCGCCGCCGCCGCCGCAGCCGCUGCCUCGAAACCUCUGCGAUGCGCCGCCCCGCCGCCCCCCUCGCCUUCUCGUCGCCGGAUUCUCUCUCCGAAUGGCUCAAACCCCGCCUCCCCUCCGACGCCCUCGCUUCCUGGGGCGUCGCCCCCGGCACCAAGACCCUCCACAACCUCUGGCUCGAGAUUUCCCACGGCGAGACCUCCCUCUUCCCCUCGGACGAGGAGGGAUCCUCUUCCCUCGCCCUCCGCGCCGUCCACGUCGCCACCGUCCGUGUCCGUAACCCCCGCGGCGCCCUCCUCAUCGAAUCCCACCAGCUCCUCUCCGACGGCACCAUCAGGCCCCGCCGCCGCCCGUUGUCGGAGAAGAUGCGCCCUGGGGAAUCCAUCGAGGACGCUGCCGCCCGGGCCGUCAUGGAGGAGCUUGGGAAAGAGGCGGUGAAAAUUUUGCCGGGGUCUUAUGAGAUAAAGGUGGAGGAGAGGGCGUCGGCGUCGUAUCCGGGCCUGCCGGCGCGGUAUGUGCUGCACUCGGUGGAGGCCGAGGUAGAGGGGCUGCCGCAGGAGGGCGAAUUCUCGACGGAAGAGACGGGGGAAGCCGUCGAGGCCCGGGAGAAGGCGGUCUUUGUUCGGAGGCAUUUCUGGAACUGGGUGGAUGAUGAUGGCAGCGUUUGAUGUGUGAUGCAUAAGAAUAGAUGGGACUGAAGGCUCAGCAGAAAGGAUUUAGGACUUAGUUAAUUAGUUGUUAGCCCAUUUGAACUAAAAUAUUUUAAUUAAGUUUUUGUAUGAACUUUUCUUAUAAUUUGAGAUCGUAAAACUUCUCUUUGCUUAAUUAUGUUAGAAUAUUAAUUGCUGCUUAAUACCACUACCUUAGUAUUGGGAUGAUAUAUUAAUAUGAAAAAGGUAGGCCUUGCAUGUCUCGUGGGAUUAAAUGCUAUGGAUGUGUAGCUGUCUUCCACAUGCCUGGCUCGGGUUAUUAGGUCGGGGUAUAAUAAUAUUUCCUAUCUUUUUAUUUUUGUCCUUGACCAUUUAUAUAUAUAUAUAUGGUGCCAUUAAAUAUACUAAUAGCUUAUUCUAAUAGCUUGACAAUGUAAUUGCCUUUGGACUUCUGGAUAUGGACAAAGAACAUUUGUUGAACCAUAAUGGAAAAGAAAAGGAAUGCUAUUCCAACAUACAAUUCAGAUUUUGAAAAUGACAUUUAAUUUUCCUAAUUGAUGUUUUUGUAUAUUAAAGACGAUAUACAUGAUAAGUGGUUCCAAACAUAUUUUAUUGAAACUAUUAG